AUGGCUAACCCCAGUGUUCUUACCUUUGAUACUGAGGGUCGUGCUGUUGACUUUGAGUCUUUGAGGGGUGUUCCCCCUCCCCCCUCUUGCCCUCUGUUGCUUCUGCUGCUGCUGCCAACCUCGUUGGGGGUCGGCGCUGCGGGGUCGGCGCUGCGUCUGCCCCUAGCGGGAGACGCCGCACCGGCAAGGGCAAGGGGGGCAAGGGCGCUGGAGGGGCUGGCGGGGGCGAUGGAGGUGGUGGUGGAGGAAGUGGAGGGGGUGGGGUUGGUGGUGGGAGUGGUGGCGGGGGUGGAGGUGUCGGUGGCAGCAGUGGAGGCGGAGGAGGCGGCGGCGGUGGCGGAGGGAGCGCAGGCGGCGGAGGUGGCGGAGGCGGCAGAGGUGGCAGAGGUGGCGGAGGCGGCGGCAACAGCACUUGAGCUGGUCGCAGCUCUGCGCAGAGGAGUGGGUCCGGUGGCGGUCCGCGCCAGCAGCAGCAGCGCAGUCGUGAGACCCUGUCCCUUUAGCAGCUUCGUGAGUUGUACGCUGCGCGUCAGCGCGGUGGGGGUACUGGUCCCUGUACCUACGUCCUCCACACCGGCAACCGCGCUGGUGAGCAGUGCGGGGGCCCGCACUCCACCCAGCGCUGCUUCGGCCGCCUGA